AUGUGGAAGGCCGAUUCACGAUCAGCGUUAAUGGAUCUUUCGAGAGCGCACACGUUUGGCAGUCAUGCAUUUGCUUUUGAAAGAAAUGACGUCCAAUCUAGGACAAGAAUUCAAUGCAUACACCUAAUGUCACGACGUGACCCUUCGCGACACCCUUUUCCUCCUUCCUCGAUGUCGAUGUCCAGAUUCACUACAGCGUGGAUCCCGACUCAUGGACAACAUGUCUUAGCCUCUUUUUUUAUUAUUCGUGACAUCCUUCUCUUCAUAUUCGAACAUUGCAGUCCAUAUGAUCUCGUGCAGCUUAACGCGACUUGCCGAACCUUUCGUAGCUUAAUUCGCGACCAACCGCACCUCUGGGACUACUCUUUCCAUAAUAUGGCGCGAGGAGCCUCUCCUGCUUUGCCUCCGUGUCCUCUCAUUCAAUCUGCUGGCUACUCGAUCCCUGCGUAUAUCACUUGGAUUUUCGGUGGCGGCCCGUGUUCAGUUCAGGAAUGUGAGAAAUUUUCCAAGGCCCUGCCAUUUGACUUUGUAUGGGGAUUUCGUGCUUGUUCGCCGGAUUGCGAAGUCAAAUUGACGUCUGAAGAAUAUCUUCACUAUGACUGGAACUGCCAAUUUCGCACUCUCGGAAUGUUUCGUCAUCUGCCUCAUGUGAAAGUCGUUUCUCAUGGGAUGGACGUCGACCUCUAUCCGAAGCAAGCCAUCGUGACGUCUGGUAUGACUCUCACAGGAAAUAUUCAGAUAAUGCCACUACAAACCCCAAUUACUACUCAAGACCGCCAACUACUUGACGAUAAUGCGUCGGAGUUGAAGAGCUGGAAAACGAAUUACUUAGUUGAGACAAAGGCGGUGACACGAGCAAAUAUGGAAUUUAUUCUCAAACGCGCAAAUGAAGACCUCGAGAAAGCCAAAAAGCUUCUUCAGUACAAGGCUGUCAGAGCAGCCGUGGCUGUCUUCUCCCGUGAUCUUCAGCUUUUGACCGAGUGUGUUUGGACGCGGCUAGACAUCCCAACUGAGUUGAAGGCUCAUUGUCCCAUUGAUAUCUUAGCGGCACAACCAGACAAGCAGUGUUGUGGUGACUGCCCGAACUCGAAGCGUCUGUUUACUCCGCAAUCCCUCGAAAGCCAUCAGUUGGCUAAACAUCCCCACCUUGUGGUGAAACAGCCUUGUCCUGAGGAGUUUGCGCCGUAUGCGUUCAAAGCUCAUCGCUUAUCUCGACAUCCAGCAAUGGCGCAACCAUUAGCAAACUUGAAGCGUUGCGUUGACUGUCCGGCCUUGAAUCGCCUCUUUACUGAGGAUUCCCUUGAACACCACCAGCAAGCCAAACAUCCGGACCGUAUAGUGAUGCAAUGUUGUGGUGACUGCCCACAAUCUGCUCAGAUGUUCACCAUGAGCAGACUUCGAGCCCAUCGCCUGGCCAAGCAUCCAGCUUGA